AGGUUUCACGAGGCCGCGAAAGCCCGCUCCAAACUUGACACAUCCUUUGGCCAUCGACGGGUGUCGCUGUCUUGCAGAUCCUUCUUCCUUUCUACCAGUGUUGCAAACAUGCCAGCGCCAGCAUCUUCCCAUAUCGGCAUCGCGAACUUGCCUAAUCAGCGGCAUCGGAUCGUGUCGCGGAAAGGCGCUAAUUUGACUGUUAUGGUCGUCGGUGAAUCCGGCUUGGGAAAAACAACGUUCAUCAACACCCUUUUCACAACCCUUCUUCGAGAGUACAAAAAGCCUGAACAUCGCUUCCAAAAGCAGCUGGAACGCACCGUACAGAUUGACGUCGUUCGUGCUGAGAUCGAGGAGAAGGGCUUCAACGUACGUUUGACGGUCAUCGACACUCCCGGUUUUGGAGACUACGUGAAUAAUCAGGAUUGUUGGGUUCCUGUGGUCGAAUUCAUUGAUGAGCAACACCAUAACUUCAUGAUGCACGAGUCGCGUGCGCAGAGGCAGGAGAAGGACGAUCUUCGAGUGCACGUUUGCUUGUAUUUUAUUCAACCAACUGGUCAUACUCUGAAGCCCUUGGAUAUCGAAGUCAUGAAACAGUUGGGCUCACGGGUAAAUCUCAUCCCUAUUGUUGCAAAAGCCGACACUUUGACCCCUGGAGACUUGGCGAUUUUCAAGGAUCGGGUUCGGGACUGUCUGUCUACCCACAACAUUACCGUGUACAGCCCGUCUGUGCAGAGCGACGAUGAAGAGAAUACACGAAGGAACCAGAGUAUACUGUCCGCCAUGCCGUUCUCCGUUAUUGCAAGUGAGCAAGAUGUGGUCGUUAAUGGGGAAAAGGUCCGGGGUCGUCAAUAUCUAUGGGGCGUUGCGGAAGUUGAAAAUGAAAGCCACUGCGAUUUCAAAAAGCUCCGUAAUCUCCUUAUCCGCACCCAUAUGCACGAUCUGAUCGCCAGCACCGAGGAAAAUCACUACGAGAACUUCCGUAUAACCAAAUUGACAGCUGAAGGGCGAUCGGAUGAUGACCCAGCCAUGAGGGCACGGAAAGGGUUGGAGACGAAGAUGAAAGAGGAAGAGGAGGCUUUGCGAAAACGUUUCACCGAGCAGGUCCGCAUGGAGGAGAACAGAUUCAGGCAGUGGGAGCAGCGGUUGAUUGCCGAACGUGACCGCCUAAACAAGGACUUGGAAACGCAGCAUAAAUAUGUCAAAGCUUUGGAGGAAGAACUGGAUGAACUUGUUGCACAGAGAAGGAAAUGAUCUGAAUAUAGAAACACAAGAACUGCGUGGGCGAGCCCCGCGUUCCCAAAAAGAGUUUAGAGUGGACUUUUUAUUCCUCAUCAUGUUUAUAUCUUAAAAGCCGGAUGUUCUACGUGGGUUUACGCUACUGUCGUUGAUAAAGAAUAUAAAAAAGACAUCUAUCUAUGUAGCC